AAUAUCAACAUGCAAUGAUCCAGCCUGCAGACAAGACUAAAUAUAUCUGCAUCCAAUGUGUUGUUUGCAACCUGGGUACUUUGCGCAUUUUCAUGCGCAUUUUUGCGCAUUCCUUGAAUUAGCACACCAACCUGCUAAUUUCACUGUGAAUGAGGUACAGAAAAGAAUCACGACACUGAGACAGACGGCUCUCGACCAAGCUUCGAAAAUGGUUCCGAUACCACAGUAGUGUUCCUGAACGGGAAGAUGUUCUUCGGACUGCCUUUCUUGAGUCAGAUUAGCUAGCUCUAGAAUUCCAUCCGGAACCUUUGUGUCACACUCACAGAGCAGUGGGGUUAAUUACCAUAGCAACAGAGUACUGACCAGGCAGCACAUUGCCAGUGUUCGUAGCAAUGGAGACCUUAGCUUGGCACGAGUACGCCGCCUAGGGGCAAGCUGGCAGAAGACAGAAGGAGCCUACACUGCCGUCAUGGGAACUGAAAUUCAGCAACUAUCUCACCGUACAUCCGACCAUUUCAAAUAUCUGGACCGUCAAACUGCUCAGUGGCUCGAAAAAAAACCAUCUGCGAAGUCAGAAGCCACCAACCCACCCCUAGAGUUGGCCCCUACUUGGGCAGACUUGACCAGAACUCGAACUUUCUUCUCUAAUAUCCGGCUUACUCCCAUAUCGAAGAUCAGCAAAUGGGCUCUCCAUGCCUUCCCAUCUGAACGAGUAUGUGAACUGGCUCAACCUCGGCCCUAUGCAAGAGGGUGGCAGCCUGAACUCCCUCUACCAACACCUGUGAGUAGAGCGUCACUGACGGCAGUGGCCUCCCCCCGAACUUGCAAGCUCGCCCAGCCAAAGAAGCGGUAUUCUAAACCUGAACCUAGCCACUUAUCUGAACCUCGACCUAUGACCCAUUUGACCUCAGCCCAUCUAAGCCAUCUAAGUAUGCUAGCGAGUGAGUUUCCAAAGGGAGAGCAUCCGUUGUAUCAGAGACAACGCUCAGCACGCUGGCCAGUUUCCGCCGCAGCCAGAAAUUACUUUCCCUCCCAGAGAGUCCUUGAACUGUCCUGCCCCAGAAUACGGAAAGAUGUGUAUGAUGGAUAUAACCCAUUUGUUGUUAGCCAUGCAGCUCUCUGUGCUGACCCCUCUCCUCGGACAUUACAGCUCUCUGUACCUCUGCCUCGAAAAUGCACUCCAAAGGCAUCACCCUACCACAUGUAGAGAGGUGUUUGUUGUUCUUAGUAUCAUCACCAAACAUCUCGCUGAGAUCAUCUCAUUCCAAACAGCAGUAAAUGUGGCAGCUCUGCCUAUUGCCUCAGU